AUUUGAGGUCUGACUCUUCGCGCCAAGGGCGGAGAUUCGUUCCAGAGGCUGAGGGCCCGCACUGUCCGAUAAGACCAACAGUCCGGACGUGAUACGGACUUGUAGAGCUAUAUCACUGCUUGGUGUGUUCACCUUUCACACAUUCUCCACACUGGUCUCCGCACUUCACUCUUUCUUUCACACGCCUCAAAAAACAUUUCUACCUCUAAUACAAUGGCCACGAAGCCAGAUCACCUCUGUGUACUUGUCCAUGGUCUCUGGGGCAACCCAGAACACCUCAAGUUCCUCAGCACCUCCCUCCGCGAGAAACACGCCGAAGACAAGCUCCACAUCCUCGUCGUUAAGCGCAAUGCGGGCAGCUUUACCUACGACGGUGUCGAAACGGGAGGCGAGCGGGUCGCGAAUGAGGUAGAAGAGACACUGGAAGAGCUUGCUCGAAGUGAGCAUGACAUUAGGAAGAUCAGCGUCAUAGGGUACUCGCUUGGUGGAUUGAUCGCACGCUAUGCGAUCGGUCUACUAUAUGCUCGGGGAGUGUUUGAGCAGAUCGAGCCGGUGAAUUUCACCACCUUCGCCACGCCUCACCUCGGCGUCCGUACCCCGCUGCGUGGAUACCACAACCACGCCUGGAAUGUGCUGGGCGCCCGGACACUCUCUAUGAGCGGAAGGCAGCUGUUCAUGAUUGACUCAUUCAGGGACACCGGCCGUCCUCUCCUCUCCGUGCUCGCCGACUCGGACAGCAUCUUCGUCAGAGCCCUCCGCCAGUUCAAGCACCGCAGCUUAUACGCGAACGUUGUCAACGACCGCACCGUCACCUACUAUACGGCGGGCAUCUCGCAGACCGACCCCUUCGAACAGCCCGACGCGGUCAAGGUCAACUACAUCAAGGGAUACGAGAACGUUAUUGUCGAUGGCGACAACCCAGUUUCGGCUAAGGAGCCGGAAGCGCUACCAGCCUUCCACAAGCGCCUUACGACCGGCACGAGGACCGCAUUCCAACGAGCGCCCAUCAUAGCCUUCUUCCUCGUCUUUAUUCCGAUUGGCUCGACGCUCUUCAUCAUCAACUCGCUUAUUCAGUCCCUCCGUAGCCGUCAACGAAUACGCUUGCAUGAGGAAGGCAAGGCCGGUAUCGACGUCGGAGGCUACCGCAUCCCGGUCAUGAUCAACAGUGCGCGCAAAGAGGUCGAGGACAUCUUCGAGGAGAUGAACAACGCCCAGCAGCAAGAGUACCUCGAGGCUGGCAGCGAAGAGCUGGCCUCGCCCACUCAGCCUUCGUCUCCUCUCUUCUUCCGCAGGAUGUCGUCUGCAAAGCAUACCGAGACCGUAGACUCUGAUGCUGAAUCGAUCAAUGACGACAAGGCCGUGCUCAAGCUCGACUUCCCUACGCUGGCCUUGACCCAGCACCAAUUUAAGAUGAUCGAGAAUCUCGACAAUGUCGGUUUCAAAAAGUACCCCGUCUUCAUCCACAAGCAUCGUCACUCGCACGCUGCGAUCAUCCGGCGGAUGGACAAAGAGGGGUUCGAAGAGGGCCGAGUGGUUGUCAAGCACUGGCUCACCACUUUUGAGCUUUAAAUUUACUAGUCUCCUUCGUGGGUCGUCACCUGGACCUGAGCAACAGUGCUUGGUGCAAGGCGUAGUCCGGGGGGUCUUGCCUUUUCUCAACCUUUCUGUUUAGGUUGGCGUUUCAAUCUGCUUUGUCUUUGGUGGAGUACUGAUAUUGCAGAUGUCUUUUCUGUUUUAGCGGUUUCUUAUGCGAGCAGAGUCAUGAUGCUUUCAUGUCCCCUCUCGGCGUCGAGCAUUCGGCGGGAGGUGCAAUGGAUAUACCCAGCAUUAGAUCAAGUCAAAGGAGGUUUGCUUGCUUGCUUUCAAGUCAGG